UCUUUGGCAUUCACUGGUCAUGUGAUCGGAUAUUCCGUGCGCGAUUGAGGCGCCUGGUAGAUGGUCCGCCCGCGGCUGCGGGGAUUGAUUGAGCUGGCCUGGGUGCAACUUGCAUGCAGGAGUGAGUGUGAGAGUGAGUGAGUGAGUGUGUCUGCAGUGAGUGUGUGUGAGUGUGUCUGCCUGCCUGUCUGCCUGCAGAGAGUGGAUGUCGAGGGGAGGGGGGUUCCUGCUCAGGCAACAGACACGCUGGAUAACCCAACAACUGAAAUGUUUUGGUGCCUGAUUAACAAAGAGAAGGACUACUGCUGUAACAACCUCACCCUCACGGUGCUGCUGUAAUGGACACAGGCAGCUGCUGAGCGCUGGUUGCUCCAGACUGUCCAGAUAUACCUGCCGGUCAGGAUUUAUGAAGAUGGCAAACCCUAUCCAGUGGGCACGUUACAGAUGGCAGAGGCUGUUUUCUACAGAUAGGAAUAAUAGUUACAACUCAUCAUUCCCUGGAUGGUUCAAAAAUUCCCGUUCACCGAAAAUUGGGCACAAAAAUCGAACAGUAAUACCCUGCCUUGGAAGAUUCACUGAAGAAUAUGAAAAGGUCAUCAAAAAUUACAAGACCAACAGGAUUCAAACAACCAAGUAUACUUUGCUGAACUUUAUUCCAAUGAAUUUGUUUGAGCAGUUUCACAGGGCUGCAAACCUUUACUUCCUGUUUCUAGCGAUUCUGAAUUGGGUGCCAUCAGUGGAAGCAUUUCAAAAGGAGAUAACAAUGUUGCCAUUGGUUGUGGUUCUUGUAAUUAUUGCAAUUAAAGACGGGCUUGAAGACUACCGGCGCUACAAAUUUGAUAAACAAAUAAAUAACAGAAGGACUAAAGUAUACGACAAGCAAGCAAAAAAGUAUCGUGCAAAAUGGUGGAAGGAUGUUCGCGUUGGGGAUUUUGUCCGCUUAUUUUGCAAUGAGAUCAUCCCUGCAGAUAUGGUGUUGCUGUACUCCACUGAUGCUGAUGGGAUCUGCCAUAUUGAAACAUCCAACCUGGAUGGAGAGACUAACUUAAAGCAGAGACAAGUGGUGAAGGGAUUCACAGAGCUGGACUCUGAAGCUGACCCUGAGAAAUUCACCUGCAGAAUUGAAUGUGAAGGUCCAAACAAUGAUCUAAGCAAGUUCAAAGGCUAUAUGGAGCACUGGAAUAAAGAGCGGGUUGCUCUUAGUAAAGAAAACCUUUUGCUUCGAAGUUGUAUGAUUAGGAAUACUGAGGCCGUUACAGGAAUUGUAGUUUAUGCAGGGCAUGAAACAAAAGCAAUGAUGAAUAACCGUGGCCCACGGUACAAGCACAGCAAACUAGAAAGGCAGCUUAAUAGAGAUGUUCUUUGGUGUGUGGCUCUACUGUUGGUGAUGUGUCUCAUUGGAGCAUUCGGUCAUGGGAUUUGGUUAAAUGGCUUUUCAAAAAUCCCUAUUUUUGGCAUUCAAGAGCCAAAUGGAACUCGUGGUCAUCCAGUGCUUGCAGGAUUCUUAAUUUUCUGGACCAUGAUUAUUUUACUGCAGGUGCUGAUACCAAUUUCCUUGUACGUGUCAAUUGAAAUUGUCAAACUGGGCCAAAUACUUAUCCUCCAGAGUGAUAUUGAUUUGUACAAUGAAAGCACAGAUUCGGCCAUCCAAUGCCGAGCCUUAAAUAUCACUGAAGAUCUGGGGCAGAUCGAAUACAUUUUCUCAGAUAAGACUGGAACACUAACUGAGAAUAAAAUGAUCUUCUGCAGGUGCAACAUUGCUGGAGUUGAGUAUUCCCACGAGGACAAUGCAAAGCGAUUAGAGUUGUAUCAAGACGAUAACUCUGAGGUUGUAACCAACCCUUUCAUGGGAGCUACCUCCAAGUAUCAACAUUCGGACAGCAGCAGAACUCCCAGUACGCCGCCGAGUCGCAACUCACUGAACUGCUUACCCUCUAAUAGCUCGAUAUUGAGGGAUAAAGAUGAUGAUGAAUAUGAAAUUAGUGCAACUGCUUCUCAUGUGGCAUUCAGCAGCUCAAUUGAAAGGGAUGUUACACCAGAUUCUCUGCUGUUCCGGAAAUUAGGACAAAUCAUGUCUAACCCACUUCUCCUGUUGGAAGAGACAGGGAAAGAGUUCUCCCCGGAAUUCAGCUACAUUGUUGACUUCUUUUUUGCCUUGACCAUCUGUAAUACCGUUGUUGUGUCAUGUCUUACUCAGCCAGGACAGCGGGUAAAAAUACCUGCAAUCUCCAACAUUCCGAUUAAGUCCCUGGAGGAUAUAAAGCAAAUGUUUCAAAGAUUCUCCGUGCCUCGCAUGAGUUCACCUUCUCUGUCACUGCUAAAGGAUUCUUUUAUUGAUAAUUCAAGUACUUUUGCUGGCAGAUUAUUAAAUCGCGUGAAGCCGGCUUCACCCAGUGCACUCAAGGAACCAAAUGUAGCUGCUGCUGGAUCAGCCAAGAAUCGCAAAAGUAGUCAAAUUUCAGCUGGAGAAGACUCCAACGAUAUUCCGGAAGAGGAUGAUAAAACUGCAGGCAGUUUUAUGGAUCCAGGCACAUCUACAGACAAAUGCAAUAUUUUAAAAUUGCGCUAUGAGGCAGAGAGCCCGGAUGAAGCUGCGCUGGUACAUGCAGCUCGAGCCUACAAUUGCACUUUAAUAUCCAGGACUUCUGAUCAAGUCACUGUGGAACUUGACCACAUAGGACGAUUACAGUUUCAACUCUUGCACACCUUACCAUUUGACUCCAUUAGAAAGAGGAUGUCUGUGGUAGUGCGACAUCCGUUGACAAAUAAAGUCGUUGUUUAUACAAAGGGUGCUGAUUCGGGCAUGAUGGAUCUUUUGAACGUUUCAGGUGACAGGCAACAGAAACGUAUUAGGGAGAAGACACAGAACUAUUUAGAUGGAUAUGCCAAAGAGGGUCUCCGUACUCUUUGUAUUGCUAAGAAGGUGAUGAGUGAUGCUGAUUACGCAGAAUGGGUAAAAUUCCACCUCAUAGCAGAGACAAGUAUUGACAACCAAGAGGAGCUCCUACUUGAAUCAGCUCUUAAACUUGAAACUAACUUGACACUGUUAGGUUCUACGGGCAUUGUAGAUCGCUUACAAGAAGGUGUCCCUGACACAAUAUUGGCACUUCGAAGGGCAUGCAUAAAGACAUGGGUCCUUACUGGAGACAAACAGGAAACUGCUGUGAACAUUGCUUAUGCCUGUAAACUCCUGGAAGAAAAAGACACCAUUUUCAUUCUUAAUGCACACAACAAGGAAGCAUGUGAAGACUUGAUUCAUAAGCUUAUUGCAGAAAUCACAGAGCAAACCACUGAUGAAAAAAACACUCCCUGUGUUGGCUCUUCUCCAUCCUCUUCUUCUGAUGGGGAGCUUCACGUUGCUCUGGUAAUUGAUGGAAAGACUUUAGAAUUUGCAUUGCAUGAGAGUCUGCAAGAUAAAUUUCUGGAACUUAGUAAAAGAUGCCGUGCUGUUAUAUGCUGCAGAUCGACACCAUUGCAGAAGAGCAAGGUGGUUCAUCUAGUGCGGGAGAAGUUGAAAGUCAUGACUCUAGCAAUUGGUGAUGGUGCCAAUGAUGUUAGUAUGAUUCAAAUGGCUGAUGUUGGAAUAGGAAUAUCAGGUCAGGAAGGAAUGCAGGCAGUAAUGUCCAGUGAUUUUGCAAUUUCGCGAUUUAAGCAUUUAAAGAAGUUGUUGCUUGUCCACGGUCACUGGUGCUACAUCCGACUUGCAAAUAUGAUCCUUUACUUCUUCUAUAAGAAUGUGGCUUAUGUCAAUCUACUAUUCUGGUACCAAAUUUUCUGUGGAUUCUCUGGUGCACCUAUGAUUGAUUAUUGGAUACUCAUCUUCUUCAAUCUCCUUUUCACAUCUGUUCCACCGAUUGUCUAUGGCAUCCUGGAUAAAGAUGUGUCUGCAGAAACACUGCUCCAACUGCCAGAACUUUACACAAGUGGCCAACGUUCUGAGGCCUACUUACCAUCAAUAUUUUGGAUCUCCAUUCUGGAUGCUUUUUAUCAAAGUCUCGUUUGCUUCUUUAUUCCAUAUUUUGUUUACUUUGACUCGGACGUGGAUGUCUACACAUUUGGAACACCUAUCAACACUGCAAUGUUGUUCAUAAUAUUUUUGCACUUAAUAAUAGAAGGCAAGACUUGGACUUGGAUCCAUUGGGCUGUAAUGAUCGGCAGUGUUGUACUGUAUUUUACGUUUGCGCUGAUCUACGGAGGAACUUGUGUGAAUUGUAAUCCUCCGUCAAAUCCAUACUUUACCAUGGAAUAUGAACUGACACGACCAAUCUUCUACCUGGUCUGCCUGCUGGCUACAUUCGUAGCUUUGCUUCCCAGGUACUUCUUUCGGGUUUUCCAGGGAACAGUAUUCCCAUCUCCUCUGCUCAAGGCUCGACAGCUGGACAGGUUGAGAAAUAACGAACGUGUGGAGCCGUUCCCGGAUGGCAAGUUAUCCAGGGCAACAGUGCAGCAGUCAUUGUAGGGAACCUGAGCAUCACCAGCUCUGUGGACAACGUCAUCCUUUCAAGAAGAAAGUUGCUCGUUGCCGAUCUCUUUACCUGAAGUCUCGGGAACCACAUUAUUUAAUAGCUGCGCCAACAUUGUGAAUCCACUGAAUGAAAUACCAAAAGAAAGCAGUAGCAUAUUUGGCCAGAGACCAAAUGUUUUAUUUUAACCCGGAAAGACCUUUCUUUGCUGCAAGAACCACGCAGGGUGAAUGCUGUCUUAGACGGGCUGGUUGCACCAUGACUUAAGAUGAGAGCAACAAAGGAGCUGAAUCACAAUCUAAAUAAGUGAUAUACAAUUAGCUCCACUUCGAUCUGAAGUGAGACUGAUGAGUUGUUGGAAUUCCCUCAGCUAUGUGCUUGCAUUAUCCACUGGGAACAGAUGGGGGUAAAAGCCACUUGUUAUAUCUCCUGUGGAAGAAGGGGUAAAUUCAUUCUUCAGUGUAUGCAAACAAAAUUUUAGUUGUUGGAAAUUACAAUCUGAGCUACUGCCUUGCUGAAGGACACUCUCUGAAACAAUACUCUCUACAGUGAGAAAUAGGGUGCCCCAUAGAAUCCAGGCAUUGCCCACAGUUCCCCAAGGAGUAAGCUCCUGAUGUCAAUCAUGUCGCUAAGCACAGAUGCAGUGUGAAGUGCAGGACUUUCCCACAGGACAAAUAGCAUUUCCUCGUCUCCUGUUAGACUGAAAGGGAAUGUAGCACUGAACUCCUGCUUCCAGCUUCCCAGUCACUGAUCCUAAAGGACAAAUAGUGAGGCAGCCUUGGGUCAAAUUAUUGGUAUUCCUUUAAACUCGGUGUUUGUGCAUGUCAUUCCUGUUUUAUUACUGCUGAAGGCAUAGCCUCUCAAAGCCAAAUUAGGGCUAUUUAAUGAAUCCAAUGCAAUACAAAUGAUGGUCCUUUUAUGAUGGGCAUGUGCCAAGAAUUUUUUUACAUUUUUCAAUUCAAGUAUGGAAACAAACCAAAACAUCUAUUUAGAAUGAAAUGAGCAACUGUGGCCUGGAAUUUCCUGAAAAUUUAUGCCAUUAUUUCCAUAUCAUCAAUGUAACAUAAAAGUUUAAUGAAAUCCAAGCAAAAUCAACUCAUUCCAAUUCUAACACUUAACUCUCCUAUCUUUUCUGCAAAAUGUCUAAUGCCUAUUUAAAUGGUUUUACCCACAUGCAAAUAUUAAUGCCAGUUCAACACAAAUUAGGCUCAAAAGUAUCCAGAAUCACAUUUCCAGUGUUUUCUUCUGAUUAUGUUGUAAGAGUUUUUUUAUUUUCUCUGAAAUCUAUGACGUAUUUUCUUGAAUGCAUCUUUAUGGCAACAAAUUGAUCUACAUUAAAAAAAAUGAAAAGUU